AUGAGAAUACCGGUCAAAGCGCCGAUGCUCGCUUCAAGACCGGCCAAAACGUCGAUGAGAAACUUUGGGUUCCUGAUUAAGUAUAACGACACAGAGGGUGAUUUGGUUACAAUUACCACAGCAGAUGAGCUGAGAUUUGCUGCUUCUAAUCAUGAUAAACUUGGUUCGCUUAGGUUAUAUAUAGCUGAAGUUAAACCUGACCAAGAACCAACCUAUGAUGCUGAAAAGUCCGUGAAGAGAUCGAGCGGUGUUGCGGAUAGUGGAAGUGUUGUGGAGUCUGAGAAAGCCUCUUCGUCCUUUGAGAACUGGAUUUACCAGUUUACGCAGCUGUUCAAGAACCAUGUAGGGUUUGAUUCUGAUUCUUACUUGGACCUUCAUGACCUUAGGAUGAAGCUGUACACAGAAGCAAUGGAAGAUGCUCUAAUUGGCGAAGAUGCGCAAGAGAUUUUUGAAAUAACAGCUGAUAAAUUCCAAGAAAUGGCUGCUCUAGCUAUGUUCAACUGGGGCAACGUUCACAUGUCUAAAACAAGGAAAAAAGUUUCUUUUCCCGAAGAUACUUCGAGAGAAGCUAUAAUAGAAGCAGUUGAAGCUGCGUUUGGUGGACAAAAAUGAGUACAGAAAAGCUGCUAAGAGAUAUGAAGAAGCGGUUAAAAUUAAACCUGAUUUUUUACGAAGCUUUCAUUGUACUUUGGCAAGAACAAUUCGAACAUGCAAAGCUUUUGU